GUGGAGUAACGCCGGUACCGAGGAGGCGGGGCCGGCGAUUUGAAUCUGGCGGCGGGCGGCAGGCAGCGGCCGGGCGGAGGCGAAGAUGGAUACCAACUCAAAAGACAGCGAGCCUCUUGAAACCAAGGAGCCUGAUAUUCGUGAUACUGAAAAUACCUCUUUCAUUUCGGGAAACGGGAGGCUUGUAACUCCUCAGAAGCAUGCACCUGAAGGGACUCCUAAUGGUUGCACACCAGAUACUUUCAAGUCACCUUUGGAUUUUAACACAGUAACAGUAGAGCAAUUGGGAAUUACACCUGAAAGCUUUGUAAAGAACUCUUCAGGAAAGGCCUCAUCCUACCUUAAAAAAUCCAGACGACGCUCUACAAUCGGCGCUCGGGGCUCCCCUGAAACAAACCAUCUUAUUCGUUUCAUUGCUCAGCAGCGGAGUUUAAAGAUGGCAGAGAAAUCUUCUUUGACACAGAAUUCCCCUUUUCUGGGCAGUCCUGUACUGUAUCGAAAUGUUAAUUCUUUAAGGGAGCGAAUGUCUGCCUUCCAGUCCGCUUUUCACUGCAUAAAGGAGAAUGAAAACAUGAUUGACCGUCCUGAAUUCUCAGAGGCAGAAGGAGAGUUCAAGACCACAGGCUCAAUCAAAAAAGAAAGUCUUGGUGAAUGUCAAGAGUCUGAGUUCCCUGCGAACUUAUCAUCCAAACGUCGAAGGAUAUCCUACCAGAGCGACUUUGAUGAAAAUCUAACUGAUGCAGUUCAGAUAUUCAGUGGUGUCACUUCUCCUAAUACAGGCAAAAUGUGUGCUGUUGAAACUGCUCCUGCAGGUUUUUCUGAGAAAUCUUUUGAAUCUGGUUUAACACAGUCUGGAUAUUUAGUUGGAGAGUCUGUUUCACUUUCCGAGCUCACAGAGGCUUCAAGUGGAGUCAAGGUUGCUGAGUGUAUAGAGGGCAAAAGAGCUUGGGAUGCUGUUCCAAUUGAGAACUUUACAGAAGUGAGCACAGACACCGUUCCCCAAGUCAGGUCCCUGGUCACUCCACAGUGUAAGAGGGACAUUCCAUCCUCUGAGACCUUUGUACUUCGUUCUGUGCUAAAGAAGCCCUCUGUUAAGCUGUUUCCAGAAGGCCUGCAGGAACACUGUGACAAUCUCUGUGAUGAUGGGACUCAUCCAAGCUUAAUCUCAAAUCUUGCAAACUGUUGCAAAGAACAAAAAGCAGAAGGUCAAGAAAAUUGUAAAGUGCCAGCUUUUCUAAAUAUCAGGAAGAGGAAGAGAGUUACUUUUGGAGAGGAUCUAAGCCCUGAGGUGUUUGAUGAGUCCUUGCCAGCAAAUACUCCAUUGCGUAAAGGAGGAACACCUGUCCGCAAAAAGGAUUUAAGUAGUAUCAGUCCCCUGCUACUUGAGCAAUCACCAGUUCCUGUGCAGUUGCAGUUAUCACAGCCAAAUUUUGAUGACAAAGGGGAGAAUCUUGAAAACAUAGAACCUCUUCAGGUAUCAUUUGCAGUUCUGAGUCCUCUUAGUAAGUCUUCAAUCUCUGAGACUCUUUCAGGAACUGAUACAUUUAGCUCUUCAAAAAACCAUGAGAAAAUAGCCUCCCAUAAAGUUGGUAGAAUAACACGGGCCUCUAACAGAAGAAGUCAAUUGAUCACUUUUGCAGAAGAGAAUGUUUGCAACUUACUUAAUACAGAAGCUCAGCCUUGUAAAGAAAAGAAAAUUACUAGGAGGAAAUCUCAGGAAAGGAAGCGCAUAGGAGGGGUACUUCCUAAAAAGAAUCAG